AUGACUCCGGAACGAAAAUUCGCCAUUCCAAAGGGCUCAAUGGUCCUGGUGACGGGUGCAAACGGUUUCAUCGGCUCCCAUGUCUGCAAUGAACUGCUGCAGCUAGGAUUUAACGUCCGCGGAACGGUUCGCGACGUUACUAAAUGCGCCUGGCUACCAGAAGCGCUGAAGCGACAGAGACCAAAGGGUGACUUCAUGUUGGUUUCAUUGCCGGACAUGGAGAAGGAGGGCGCCUUUGACGCUGCGGUUGAAGGCGUCUCUGCUGUGAUUCAUGCUGCUUCCCCGGUGUCUUUUAGCCCAAAUCCCGAGAGCGUCAUUCCUCGCAGCAUCACUGUGGCUCUCAAUGCUCUGAAGGCCGCCAACAAAGCGGCGAGUGUGAAGCGGUUCAUUUUCACCAGCUCUUCCGUUGCUGCAGCUCUCCCUCAACCCGAGAAGAAGGGAAUCGAGGUGAACUCCGACAGUUGGAACACUGAGUCGGUGGAAAUAGCAUGGAGGGAGGCUCCGUACCACCCUCAGCGAGCGUGGCAUAUAUAUGCCGCUAGUAAGGUGGAAGCUGAGAUGGCAGUGUGGAAGUUUUAUCACGAAAAUAUUCGGCGACGUUAUGACUUGAUAGUCAGCAGCGUGCUUCCCGGAACCAACUUUGGAAGAGCUCUGGAUGCGGCCAAUCAGGGCCAUUCGUCAACCUCAUCCUUCAUCGAGAGUCUAUGGAACGGAACGCACGUGGACCGUCUAGCAAGCAUUCCACCACAGUAUUUCGUCGACGUGGAAGACAACGCUCGACUUCACGUAGCUGCUGCAGUGCUCCCAAACGUUCGCAGCGAGAGAAUUUUUGCUUGGGCUGAGCCCUUCAACUUUGAUACCGUCCUCGACAUUUUGCGCACGCACUUCCCGGAGAAGACUUUCGUGGAUAACUUCCAUCACUAUCGCGAGCUUUCUGUUGUCUCGCAACCCCAAUCGCGGGCGGUUGAGCUGCUGAGGCAACUCGGAAGAGAAGGCUUUGUUCCUUUGAAGCAGAGCGUUCUUCUCAACGUUGAAGAUCUAUCAUGA